AUGUCUUCUUCAUCUUCAAACAUUGACAUCAUUGACACAAUUCCAUUUGAAGACAUAGAAUUAGCCACCAACAACUUCGCUGACGAAAAUCUCCUAACACAAACUUCAUACUUGAAAUUGUACAAAGGACGACUCGUGCAAUCAUCAGGAGAAUUGGUCGAUAUUGUUGUACGGACAUGGAAGCAUACAAUCACUUCAUACUACGAGUAUCAAACGCAAAAAAGCAUUACACACAACGAGCUUGACAUGUUAGAAGCUCUUAGGCAUAAAAAUAUUGUUCCUAUUUUUAAAAUCUAUGGGGCGAAUGAUGGUGGAAUAUUACACCCGGUGAUCAUAAACAAGCACGAGGCGAAUGGAAGCCUGGACAAACAUCUAAGUAGCUCAACGCUCGGUUGGAUACAAAGGCUGCAUAUAUGUAUUGGGAUAGCACGUGCGUUGAGCUACCUUCAUUACGAUGCGUAUGAGAAUCAUAAAGUGAUACAUGGUAAUAUCAAGAGCUCCAAAAUUUUACUUGAUCAGGUUUGGGAACCCAAGUUACAUGGUUUUGGAUUUGCUGUUAAAGUUAAAAGGAAUGAGCUUCACCUUACAGAUAAAUACAACGGCUCAAUAUUAUAUAUGGAUCCAGCAUAUGAAACCGCUAGAGAUUUGACUACUAAAUCAGAUGUCUUUUCUUUCGGUGUUGUUCUGUUUGAAGUCCUGUUUGGAAUUGAAGCAUCUGUUGUAACUCUAGAUCACAAAGAUAAUUGGUAUUUUGUUCGGAUGGCCCGAGCCAAUUAUGAAGAGAAAACAUUGGAUGAGAAGAUUGAUCCCGAUCUACUAAAACAAAUGAACAUGGAGUCAUUAAAAAUCUUCUCCGAAACAGCAUAUUUUUGCCUGAAGGAGCGACGCUUAGAACGUCCAGAUAUGAAAAAAGUUUUUCAAAGACUAGAGAAAGCCUUAAAGCUUCAGCCAGCAGAUGAUCAAAGUCCUGUAAGACCAUCAAUCUGUCAAACUCUUGUUUUCACCUUUUUCGUUUUAUUGUCUACAUAUCUAUCAAUCUAUUAUAAUGGACCUAUAUAUUAA